AGGAUGAUGUAAGCACCUGUGUUAUCUGAGACUCAUACCAUUUUUAUUUUUCAUAACUGGUUAAUAUAAAAACGCGUAGUAUUGUCUCCCAUAUGCUAGUUGGUAUACGUAUAAGUAACGUUUUAGUUUGUAUCGAGUUCUCGUUUUUACAUUGUGUAUAAUAAAUUCUAAAUAAUACUGCAGUUUUUUGGAAAAUAGAAAUAAUGUCCAUCCAACUUACUAAUUUAUUGAUUUUGGCAUCGAUAACCACCAACAUUGUGUUCGGUGCCCCAGCAACCUCUGUCUCGGAUUCCAAUCACAAUUUGAUAACGGAACUUAUAGAUACUAAAUACCCAAUAACCAAACCAAUAAAGUUUUUAGAUGGCAGUGUCAAGUACCGCAUAGCUAUUAUCGCUGACUUGGACAGAAACUCGGUGAGCCCAGACGAGCCUGAUACGUGGAUCAGUUAUUUCAAAGAAGGGCACCUGACUUAUAAACCAUCAGACGAAAAAAUCUCGAUUGAAUGGGAUGAUUUCGAGAGUAAUGGUGAUAGGUUAAAAACGAACUUGUCGGUGAACGGUCGAGGAGCAGAGCUAUCAGAGUUGGUCACCUAUAAUUCUAAACUAAUAACACUAGACGACAAAACUGGAUAUCUUUAUUUAAUCCAAAACAAAAUUUUGGAACCCUGGGUGAAGGUUUUGGCCGGCAAUGGACAAAAAGAUGAAGGUAAUAAUAUACAUUUUGCACUGAGGUAUCCAUUAAACGCGUAAGACACAUAAUUAUUU